CUUGGAUCGCCUCGAGGCUUCAGUUGCGCACGGUCGAUCACCAGCCACGAGCUCUUACGGAUCUACGCAAACGGUGGGACUCGCGCGGGAUUUUGUUUCAUAGAAUUGGGAUCAGCUUUUGCCACACGUGCGCUUUCCACAGCAAAACGUGGAGAUUCCUCUGCUAGCUCGCAAAUUAGCAGACAGCUGCCAGCGGAUACUCAUAAUUUUGAGGUAAAAAUUGCCCCUAAAGCCGGUUUGAAGACCUCAUUCUCAUUUUAAUCGCUGGUCUUCUCACACCACAAUGAAGUACAUCCUGGUCACUGGUGGUGUCAUAUCUGGCAUUGGUAAAGGGAUCAUUGCCAGCAGUGUCGGUACACUCCUCAAGUCCUGUGGCCUUCAUGUCACAGCCAUCAAAAUUGACCCCUACAUCAACAUCGACGCUGGCACCUUCUCACCAUAUGAGCACGGUGAAGUGUUUGUCCUGGAUGAUGGAGGGGAGGUGGAUCUGGAUUUGGGUAACUAUGAGCGUUUCCUGGACAUUCGUCUAACCAGAGACAACAAUCUGACUACUGGAAAGAUCUACCAGUCUGUCAUCAACAAGGAGAGGAGAGGAGAUUACUUGGGCAAGACUGUACAGGUGGUGCCCCACAUCACAGAUGCCAUUCAGGAGUGGGUGAUGAAGCAGGCCAGAGUCUCAGUAGAUGAUGAUGGGGUGGAGCCUCAAGUCUGUGUCAUAGAGCUGGGAGGCACAGUAGGCGACAUAGAGAGCAUGCCAUUCAUCGAAGCCUUCAGACAGUUCCAGUUCAAAGUGAAGAGGGAGAACUUCUGCAACAUCCAUGUCAGCCUUGUACCACAGCCCGGUGCCACAGGAGAACAGAAAACCAAGCCAACCCAAAACAGUGUCCGAGAGCUCAGGGGACUCGGCUUGUCGCCAGAUUUGAUUAUGUGCCGCUGCUCCACGCCCUUAGAAACAGCUGUUAAGGAAAAGAUCUCCAUGUUCUGUCAUGUAGAGCCCACACAGGUGAUCUGCGUCCAUGACGUCUCGUCCAUUUACAGAGUGCCCCUGCUGCUGGAGGACCAGGGUGUGGUGGGCUUCUUCUGUCAGCGGCUGGACCUCCCCGUUGAGAUGAGGGCCAGAAAGAUGCUCACCAAGUGGAAGGAAAUGUCUGAAAGAUCUGACCGUCUCCUGGAGAACGUUUCCAUUGCCCUGGUGGGGAAAUACACCAAGUUAUCAGACUCCUAUGCCUCAGUUAUCAAGGCCUUAGAGCACUCAGCCCUCGCCAUUAACCACAAGCUAAAGGUUAAGUACAUAGAUUCAGCAGACCUGGAGGCCACCACACUACAGGAUGAUCCAGUGAAAUACCACGAAGCCUGGCAGAAGCUCUGCAGUUCGGAUGGCGUGUUGGUACCUGGAGGUUUUGGUGUGAGAGGAACUGAGGGCAAGAUUCAAGCUAUCAGCUGGGCGAGGAAACAGAAGAAGCCAUUCCUGGGGGUAUGUUUGGGCAUGCAGCUGGCAGUGUGCGAGUUUGCCCGCAAUGUUCUCGGAUGGCAAGAUGCCAACUCCACAGAAUUCGACCCAGAAUCCAAACACCCAGUGGUGAUUGACAUGCCAGAGCACAACCCAGGGCAGAUGGGCGGGACGAUGCGGUUGGGAAAGAGGCGGACCAUUUUCAAAUCUAGUAACAGUAUACUGAGAAAACUGUACGGAGAUGUGGAAUAUGUUGAUGAGAGACACAGACACAGAUUUGAGGUGAACCCAGACCUGAAGCACCACUUUGAAGACAAGGGUCUAAACUUUGUAGGUCAGGAUGUAGAAGGAGAGAGGAUGGAGGUUAUUGAGCUGGAAGAUCAUGUCUACUUUGUGGGGGUGCAGUACCAUCCAGAGUUCACCUCCAGGCCCAUCAAACCCUCUCCUCCAUACUUUGGUCUCCUGCUGGCCGCUGCAGGGAAACUCCAGGGCUACCUGCUCAAGGGCUGCCGCCUCUCACCACGAGACACUUACAGCGACCGCAGUGGCAGCAGCUCUCCUGACUCUGAGAUCUCUGAGCUUAAAUUCCCCUGUGUGUCCAAAGACUAAAACUCAGCCAGCUUUUGCCUGUGCCAGUGUACCUCAAGAUCUACGGACUCAGUGGUUAGUACAAGCUGUCUCUCAACCAGGAGAAUAGAAGGCCCAGAAAAAAAAGCCGGCCCACCAUUAACUCGACGACGGCAUCCGACUAAAAUGUCUUUUAAGCUGUUUUUAAGACUUUGAUUGGUUCUAUAAAUGGCAAUAUGGUGUUUCUUCUGUCAAUAUUUUAUGCCUUGAUUGAUUGUAUGGAUGUACAGGGGGGUUCCUUGUAGAUUUGCAGCAAUAAGAAAAAAAACUGAUCACAGUCUUGUUUGUAAGGGAAAACAAAGGAUGUGAAGACUGUGGAAUGCCUCAUAAAUUAAAACUAUGUUUAUGUUAAAUGGAUGAGUGGCUAACUAUAGAAUGAAGUGUGAGCGAUAAACAGAACGGUAUAGCAUGUUUUUUUUGUGCAGUUGUGUUUCAUCAGUAAGAAGAUGAUGGAUGUGCAAAAUUAUGAGGAGAUGGGUGAUGUAUUCUGCAGCAGGGAUAAGAAGUUGUAACUAGGUCAAGUAAAUGUGAAAAACAGCUGCCUGGAAGAAACGACAAUAAUGCAAUGAAAUACAACUGUUUACAGCUGGAGAUGUUUGCCUGUGUUGCAUCAAACAUUUGCCUAUGUAAGACUAUCAGUCAAUAUUGUAGUGGCACUCAUGUUUAUUCAUUUGAAAUAACUAUGUCUUCACGCUGUUUUAUGAUGCUUUGUGUUUGUAUAUAUAAACGUGUUUGCUAAUGUUGAGGCAAUCUAAACUUUAUAUGUAUCCUUCCUUCCAUCUCUGGUUACUACUUGCACUGUAUAGCAUGGUGUGUACAUGCAAAACCUUUUUCUGUAAUAAUGACCUUAAAUUGGUAAAAUUUAA